AUGUUAAAAGCACGCUCUUUGGGACCCGAACAUCUCGAAACCCAGACUCAUUUGCGGAGAACUGUGCGGGCUGUCCAAGAUCGGGUUCAAAAGCUCGAAUCACAUUUGCACGAGCACAAGAAACGACUGAGCAGGGCUGAUAGCGGAAAGCCUGGGCUACGUGCUCCGACCUUGGACACUUUGAAUCGCACAUUCCGAAACAUGGAUAUGGCUCUCGACAAGCAAUCACAUGACGUAGAGAAACUACAUACCCGAAUUAACAAGCUCAACCUGGCCAAUCCACACACCAAUGGUUCCAGUGGCCGCGACAAGAGAUUACCGGAUCCUGUUGGUCGGCAACGACCGCUGAAUGUCAUGCCCGAUGUCGCAAUACCGACUGCUGCUGCCCUCAAUGCGGAACGCUCGGCUCACAAAUUGAAACGAGCAUUGUUGGGCAUCAGGAAACAACCACUCCUCAACACGCAAGCUGCAUCCGCAACCCCACCGCCACUCAGUUUCCAAACACCACAACGAGGUUUCCCGAUCCAAUUUGGACUUGACCCAGUCACGCCUAUGAUGGGCUUUGAUUUCCCGGAGCCCUGGCCAUUCGCCUGCGACACCAUCGCCGCCACGUUUGACUGGGGACCGUUACCGACAUCAGCCCAUGAACGGCGCGGCGCUCAUUGGACAUUUGAUGCCGCUGGAUAUGUUCGAUGCCAUUCUCGUGUCGAAGCACAUCAUCGACUUGUCAUUAUCGAGGGCCUCCACACCUACCUCUCCAUUGACCCAUGGGUUGAGGCUCCCGAUGUGUUGGACGAACGCUGGUUUCUCCGUGUUGAUGAGGCAGAAGCGUGUCGGGGACUUGUGAAGCGCCAUGUCGAAACUGGGGUGUGUCGGGAUGCAACAGAAGCAAAACAAAGGGCAGAAGGAAACGAUUUGCCCAAUGGUCGCUUCAUCGUCAAGAAUAUGCUCAAGCCGACAAAAUAUAUCGACAGCAUUCAAGACUCUGUCAUGGCGCGAGAGCUAGAAUCGCAAUGA